AUGACACAUUUUACCUUUACUCGACAUUUUUCUUCAACUUUCAAGGGGUUAGAUCACCUCUUCUACCACGGAGGAUGGGGUGGUAUUGCUGGGGCCUACUGGGAGUUUCCCGGAACGGAGACGGGUAUAUACUUCCCGAGCUCCACGUUCAGUUUUGACCUUUCAGACACAUACAUCUCGGUCUUCUGUACACGCGGACUCGCCCAGGAUUCGUCUCUCCACUUCGGCAUCGAUGAAAUAGACGCAGGCUCGAAUUUCGUCAAGGCAUUGUCCGAGGACGCAAAGCACUACCAAGUCUUCGAUUAG